AGACAGGCGUUCCAAUCUCAAAUUAAGUGACUUGAUGAAGAGUUUGUUAAGUCGCGUUCUUGCGCUUAGGCUCACCACGAAAUCGUGGUUAUUCGGGUAGAAGGAGCAUCAGUAAGUCAUGGAGAAGAAAAGAUAACAUGGACAACUUUGUGCAGGCCCCGCCAGGACAAGAGGCUGCUGCAGGCACCAGGAGCGGCCGCACCUCCAACUAUUCUCUGCUUGGCUUCUACACCCUGGGCGCGUUUUCCUUUCGCUUGGGUGGCUCGCUACUCACACGAUUUUGCCAGCUUUCUCUGCUGCAGGGGGAGAAAAUCAAGCUUUUUGCGAACAGCCAGACCGUAAACAGUUUGAGCCGCAUUGUGGUGCUGCAGGUGGCAGGCAAUGUGGUGGACUACUGCCAAGGGCUGCAACUCGUCUUCUUCAUCCUCCUUGACGUGGGUUUGCUGUUGCUGAACGUCGCUUUGUUUGUCACCGCUACGGCCGGAAGUAGUGCUGGAAAUGGAACAGGGCAAGCGACGGAAUAUCGUUCUUUUGGUCGCGACACUGCUCCCAGUCAAUUUUUCGGAAUUUUUUCCACGCAGUAUGAUUUCAACGCGCUGCUCUCCGCGUUUUUCUCGUCAGCUGCGAUCGAAAGAGCGACGACAUUUCUCCAGGAAAACCUUCCCCCGGCCACAUUUCUGUUGCAAGCAGUAAUUACCAGCUGGCUCGCGCUCGGGCAGCUGUUGACGGCGGCGGUUCCCGCGACGAGUUUUGCCCUGGAAGCGGAGAAAGACCAAAUUCUCUUGCAGUCCCUGGACGCAACCAGCCAGAAAAUCGUCCGCUCUCUGAGCAGCACGCUGCUGGCGUUUUUGCUGCCCGUUCUCACCGCGACGAACUACUACAGUGGGGCAAUUUCAUCUUCAAGAGCAGAUGAAAAAACAGCAACAUCAUCUUCAAGAACCGCGGCCGAUGGAGAACAUGAUCUUCAAACUUCGAAGCGGACGAGCUGCACCAAAAAUCACGACGAGAACAGCGGCAGCUACAGUACCGCAGACUCGAUCUACCUAGUUUUCGUCUUCGUGCAUUUCGUCGGAAUUCUGGCCAAGUUGGUGGUUUUGUUCAAAGUGCGAGCGCGUGGACGGGGAUCGGCUACUAGUUUAGCGAAAAGGAAAAAUGGGGUUGCUUCAUCCUAUUCACCCAACGGCGUUGGACAUCCAGAAGAAACAACGGACACGGACGAGACAACUUGGGAGAAAAUCACCGAUGAGGUAGAAGUAGGUGCGAACUCUAGGGCUGACCCGCAAGCCCAAGCGUCCGCAUCUUCCACCAUGAGGAGACGAAAACCCCAUGGCAAAAAUACAAUGGGAGACGAUCAUGAGAACGGACACGGAGAUAAUUUGGACCCGACCUCGUCCAAUGCUCCGUCAGCCAGUGAGGAGCAGCAGGAGGACGAUGUACUAUCACGGGGAGCCCCCACUAGCAGUGACCAAAGCGAAGCAUCAUCCACUUCUGCAGCUACUGGCGACCUCCAAACAAGUGGCGAUGAGAGCAAAAGUCGGCGUCAUCGUCCAGUCGGGUUUUUUCGAAAGUUCUUUCCUCGCUCUUUCCUCUCGUUUGUGGUCUCCCCGCGAAAACUGAUGCCCUUCGCGUCGAUCCUGAAGUCGGAGACCGUGUUUGAGCGUGCCCGCGCACUGCUAAUGGUGAACACACUGGUGACCAACCUUUUCAUCUACCCGGCGCAAACCGUGCUGCUUCCUAUCUUUUUCAAGCACAUUUCCAAGGAGCUCUGGCUGCAGCUCAGCACUUUUAUCAACUUCGCCGGCAUGGCGGGCCCGUUCGCGAGCAAUUUCUUCCUGAUUUACUUCAACCAGUUUUCGAAUGCAGCGGCAGGUUCAACAACACACGGCAGUAGGCCACUGUGGCAAGGACCGCAGCUGAUUCCGGUGGAGAAGAAACUACUCGACGCCGUUUUCUAUCAGGCAGUCACGAACUUUUUGCUAGGAAUCUUGCUGGUUGCGGCCUACGUGUUGUUUACCUACGACAACGACUCAUCUGCAACAAGCGUAACAUCAUCGUCUGGGGUAGCGCUUGGGGCAGCUGUCCCUACGUCUGCAGUCGAUUUGUCAUCCUUUUUGCGCGGCGAUACAAAUUUCGCUUCUAUCGCCAUGGUUGUUUUUACCGUUCUGCUGGCCGUCACGUGGGCCUGCACCGUCGCCUAUAACAACACGUUCACGGUGUACUUCAGCACCUACUGCACGAGCAAGGAGGGCAAGGAAAAAUACGGGAAGACGCUGGCGGACAUGCUGACCGUGUGGUCCUUGGGAAACGCCAUCGGGAACUACUCGCAGGGCGUUUUCCUGGAGCGGAAGUUCUUCGUCAUGGCGAUUUACGUGGGCUGCUUCUUGCCGUUCCUGCUGCGUUGUCUGCUCUGCUGGAGACUGCCGAAGGUCUGGGGUGCGGUCGACCGCAGAUUUCUGGGCGAUGAGGACUAUGGGGAUCAGGCGGGUGAAGAGGAAGAGGCAGAAUCUGAAAAAGAUGAAUCGUCGAGCGAACAAGUCCAUGGUCAGCAGACGAGCUCCUUCAAGGGCGGCGAGAUGUCAAAGGAGGUGCGGAAAGGGAGCAAAACAAGGUAGCUGAAAGUAAGGUAAUUACGCACGUAAAUACUAAACUCGACCUGGACAGGACCACAUGAUGCGACGCAGAAGAAUUCGCUGCGACGAAGAUGAUCUGCCAGCGCAAAUGGUGAGACCAAGACGAACAUUGAGUUUUGCGGGCUAUAAAUCCCGCAAGGCCUCGGAGAAGUUGAAGUACUACACUUUUUACGCAAAAAAAGUAGACUGCGCAGCUCGUAUUCCUCGUUUAUUUCCCCUUGUAGCGCUGCACCAUCUGAUCUUCGAUGCGCCAAUUAAGUUAUUA